CUUAAGUCCUGGCAAAUCAUAGGUGGGGGAAAUGUCUGUACCAAGAUUCCAAAAAAUAAGCUUUGGAACAUAUGAUAAUUACAUUCCAGUCAGUGAAUUAAGCAAAAAAUCAUGGAAUCAGCAACACUUUGCCCUGGGAUUUCCCAAACCACCAAGGCCAGGAAAAAAAAGGAGAUCAAAACCAUCCCAACUGCGAGACAAUGUAAUUCCUAUAUAUGAUUCAGACAAAAUAAAAGAAGGUCCCAAACGACCGUUAUGGAUGCACAGUUCUUUAAUGAGAAUUUCUGAGAGACCAUCUGAAUAUUUAGCUGCCAGGAGGCAACCUCAAUAUAAAGCAACCCAUCGCCCAAAGGAAGAUGCUAAGGUAGCAGAUGUAGAAAAACGUUUAUCUCCAGAAACAGCUAAGAAAGGUAAAGAAGAUAAGCAAGCAGACAAGAAGGACAUAUCGGAAUCAGAAAUAGUACCCACAGUUUUAAAGGAGCCAAAAAUAACUAAGAGAGAGCCAAAGAAAGAUAAGGAUAUAGAAACAGGAACUAAAGAUGAAAAAGAGGCAAAAACAGAUGCCAAAAAAGAAAGAAAAGAUUCAAACAAAGGCAAAGAGUCAGGUACAGAAUCUGAAGAUGAAAAGAAAGAUGCCAAGAAAGAUGCCAAGAAAGAGAAGAAAGCUCCAAAGAAGGGCAAGGGGUCAGGUACAGAAUCUGAAGAUGAAAAGAAAGACAUCAAGAAAGAGAAGAAAGCUUCAAAGAAGGACAAGGAGUCAGGUAAAGAAUCUGAAGAUGAAAAGAAAGAUGCCAAGAAAGAGAAGAAAGCUUCAAAGAAGAGCACAGUGUCUGCUACAGAAUCUGAAGAUGAAAAGAAAGAUGCCAAGAAAGAUGCCAAGAAAGACAAGAAAGCUUCAAAGAAGGGCAAGGAAUCUGCUACAGAAUCUGAAGAUGAAAAGAAAGAUGCCAAGAAAGAUGCCAAAAAGGACAAGAAAGGUUCAAAGAGGGGCAAAGGGUCUACAGAAUCUGAAGAUGCAAAGAAGGAUAAGGAUGGGAAAAAAGAUACAAAGAAAUCAGAGGAGAAUGAUGAUCAAUCAAAAGACAAGAAAGAUGCAAAGAGAAAGGGGAGUAAAAAAGGUAAGAAAGAAGAAAAGAAGGCCAGUGGGACAGAUAUUGAAUCAAAGGAUGAUGCUAAGAAGGAUGCCAAGAAGGAUGCCAAGAAGGAUGCCAAGAAGGAUGCCAAGAAGGAUGCCAAGAAGGAUGCCAAGAAGGGCAAGUAAGCCUUGAAUAAUAAUUCAAAAGCAUUUGAUAAACAAUUUUAGGAGUCUGAAACUGAAUAUAAGUGACAAGGGGAUUCAAAGAAUUAAUCAAAUAAUUUUUAAAAUGGGGCAAAGAAGAAUACAAAGAUUCAGAAAAGCAUCAUAAAAAUAUAAGAAAGUUAUGAAAAAUUAAGAGAUAAUUCAUUGAAGAACUUGGAGGAUACUUAUGCUAAGUUUGGGGAUAUGAAAGAUUCAAUGAAAGAUCCUUAGAAAGGUUGAAAGAAGAAUAUUCAAUUCAGGUUGUAGAAAUUAAUGACACUGGAUCUAUGGAUACAAAACAAAUAAUAAAUAAAUAAAUAAAGGCUUAAAAAAAAAAAUCCAAGGAGGCAGAUGUUCAAUCUAUAGAAUCAAACAGUCUGAAGCUGCAUCCACAGGAGUAAUGAGAGGCAGUCAAAAAAAUUUCAGAAACUGUACUUUCAAAUAAAUGCAAAUACAAAUUAAAGGUAGUGUUCCUUAAAAAGGAAGAAAGAAAGAAAGAAAAAAAAGAAAGAAAGAAAGAAAG